AUGAUCUCUCAAGUAUUACACUUCAUUUAUUCUUCUAAAAAGAUGAUUUAAUAGUAAUUAAAACUUAUGAAUCUAAAUCAAAAUUUUUGAUCAUCACAAGUAUUAAGUUUAUCAUAUAUUUAGAAAUAAAUAAUAAUUUAUAAUUAAAAUCAAUUUAUAUAAAUCUAACUAAAAUAGAGUAUAAAACCAAAGUUAUUAAAAGACGAUUUUUGGAUUCGAUUAUUCUUUAUUGUAUAAGAAAAAUCAAAAAAAAUAAUAAAAGAAUCACAAUUAAUUUAUUAAGGAAGCAGAGAUGGAUUCAAUGUUAAUUCAUUUUGGCAUAAAUGUAAUGGAAAGAGUAAUUUACUUAUGAUAUUUUAAUCUUAGAGUGAAUAUAUCUUUGGUGGAUAUUCUCCAUGUUAGUAAUAAAAGAAUCAGGGUUAUGUUUAAGAUGAUACAUUAUCAUCAUUUUUAUUCUCUUAAACACACAGUUAAAUCUAUCCAUUAAAAUAAGAUAGAAAAUAAUGUGCUAUUUGUUGUCAAUCUUUUUGUGGCCCUACAUUUGGAGGUGGACAUGAUUUAUUGAUUAAUUCUGACUUUAAAAGCAAUUGUUCUAAUUUAGGUAAUUCAUAUGAAUGCAAUCAAUAAGGGGAUAAAGCUACUUAUUUAUCUGGACAAGAUAAAUCAAUUAAGGAAUGCGAAAUUUUUGAGUUAAAAUUCCUUUGA